AUGAUAUUAGCACUUACUUGUUUGCUUGUCUUCGGACCAGCAGCUGCAUUAGCGCAAACAGCAUGUACCAGCAAUGGCAAAAGUGGAGUAUGUAUAGCUACUUCAUCUUGUACUGGUACAUCUGUAGCUGGACUUUGUCCCGGUGCUGCUAACAUCCAAUGUUGUGUUGGCGCCUCUUCAGGUUCAUCUAGUGGACUUUGUGGAGGUUAUGUUGGUGCUACUGUCAGCUCAAUUGCUGGUAACGGUGGUGUCAUUUAUUCAGUAGUAAAAAUAAAACAAGAACAUCUUUCAACUCCAAGCAUGUACUCAGCUGCACCAACAGCAUCAGAUAACACUAUGACAACAUCGACAGCUUGUGCUUUCGACAAGAUGGCGUCAGCUGCCAAACAAGCUGGUGUUACAAUUACAAUUGCAUCAGGUUUUCGUACAGUUGCUCGUCAAGAAUACUUCUGGAAUUGUUAUCAAACAAAGGCAUGCAAUAAUGGUAAUCUAGCUGCAAGACCAGGUACCUCAAAUCAUGGCCGAGGUGCUGCUCUUGACUUAAACACUAACUGUGGUUCCCAAACGGGUGCUAAACCAAACUGUGCUGGAAGUGGUGUCUACCAAUGGUUGAAAGCUAACGGUCACAAUUAUGGCUUUACUCGUACUGUUCAAUCAGAACCAUGGCAUUGGGAAUAUGUUGGUGCUGGUGCCUCCCCUGCUAGUUUCUCAUAA